CCCAGCCCUCGUAUCUCUUUUUUUUUUCUUUCCUUCUUCAUCCUCCCCAACCCUUCUACACUCUCUGCUAUCACUUCUCCGUGUUAGCAUUUCCUCUCUGAAGCAUCGUAUUAACGCUUCUUAUCUCAAUAAGUACAUUACUCCCUUCCCCUUCCCCCACUAACUGACGCAGCUGCGUGGGUUCCGUACUUUCAAAGUACUUCAACAGACAUUUUAAGUGGGCUUUUCACAUCGAGGGCUGUGGGCUUCAAAAUACUGCACAUCUUGUGGGCUCUGUGGGACAUUUUACAUUCCUCGUGGGUUUCAUUUCAGAUCAGUUGCGUAUCUGUGCCGGUCUCUGUGGGCUUGAACUCUGUCGGUUGCGGGUUACUUGUUGGGCAUCUACCAGCUGUGAUCAGAUCACUCCUGGCUGUUUCUAUCUCCUGAGGGUUCAUCACAUUUCUCCAUUCACAUUCAAAACCAAGAAAAAAAAAACUUACACGGGUGGCUAUUGAGGGAUUUGUUGGCUCUGCCGCACAAGAAAAAAAAAAACAAGCAAACAAACUCACUUGAUAUUCUACCACUAUCACAAUGUCGAAGACCAAGGUUUCCUCCAAGGUUGACAAGAAGGCCACCAAGGCUGUGUCCAAGGUCAAGGACACUGGUGUCACCAAGGCUGCUGCCUCCCCCGCUGCCAAGUCCAAGGUCGCUGCCAAGGAGAGCAAGACUUCCAGCAAGAACAAGAAGAAGGAGCCUACUCCCAGCUCCUCCGAGUCCGAGUCCGACAGCGAUGAGGACAUGAAGGAUGCUUCCUCCUCUUCCGAGAGCGAGAGCGAGGAUGAGAAGCCCGUGAAGAAGGCCUCCAAGAAGGUCGAGAAGAAGGAGGAGUCUUCUUCCGAGGAGUCUGACUCUUCUGAGUCCGAGUCCGAGGACGAGAAGCCUGCCCCUAAGAAGGCUGCUAAGAAGGAGGAGUCUUCCUCCGAGUCUGAGUCUGACUCCGAGUCCGAGUCCGAGUCCGAGGAUGAGAAGCCUGCCCCCAAGAAGGCUGAGAAGGCCGCUAAGAAGGAGAGCUCCGACUCUUCCGACUCCGAGUCUGAGUCUGAGUCUGAGUCUGAGGAUGAGGCUCCCGCUAAGGCUAAGAAGGCCGAGAAGGAGUCCUCCGAUUCCGAGUCCGAGUCCGGCUCUGACAGCUCCGACAGCUCCGACUCUGAGUCCGAGGCUGAGGAGAAGCCCUCCAAGAAGCGCAAGGCCGAGGAGGAGCCCGUCGCUGCUGCCAAGAAGUCCAAGACCGAGGAUGCCCCGGAGGGUGCUUCCUCCAACCUGUUCGUUGGUAACCUGUCCUGGAACGUUGAUGAGGACUGGCUCCAGCGCGAGUUCGCCGAGUUCGGUGAGCUCACUGGCUGCCGUAUCGUCACUGACCGUGAAUCUGGCCGCUCUCGUGGCUUCGGUUACGUCGAGUACUCCAGCGCUGCCGAUGCCGCCAAGGCCUUCGAGGCCAAGAAGGGUGCCGAGAUCGAUGGCCGUACCAUCAACCUGGACUACGCCGUUGCCCGCCAGAACAACCAGCAGGAGGGUGGCCGUGAGCGUGCUCAGACCCGUGCCAAGAGCUUCGGUGACUCUACCAGCCCCGAGAGCGACACUCUCUUCGUUGGCAACCUGCCCUUCAGCGCCUCCGAGGAUGCUCUCCGUGACGUCUUCGGUGAGCAGGGUACCAUCCUCGGUAUCCGUCUGCCCACCAACCCCGACGAUGGCCGCCCCAAGGGCUUCGGUUACGUCCAGUUCUCCUCCGUUGAGGAGGCUCGUAACGCUCACUCCCAGCUCCAGGGUGUUGACGUUGAGGGCCGUUCUCUCCGUCUGGACUUCAGCACUCCCCGUCCUCCUCGUGAGGGUGGUGGUGGCUUUGGCGGCCGCGGCGGUGGUCGCGGCGGUGGUCGCGGCAGCUUCGGUGGCCGCGGUGGUGGCCGUGGAGGUCGUGGUGGCUUCGGUGGCCGCGGCGGCGGUGGUGGCUUCGGCGGCCAGGGUGGCUACAACAAGGCCAAGGGCAGCAUCCCCGAGUUCAAGGGUACCAAGGUCACCUUCUAAGCUCGGAGCUUCCUUGCCUUUGCUUUUUUCUUGCUAACUGACACGAUCAUCAUUUUGCACUUUUUUGCGUGUAAUGUGGGCCAGGGGUUUUAAAAAGUUUCUGUAUUCUCGAUAGUCUCUGCAUAGGCUAAAUUGUAAUUUCAUACAUUUCUUCAUUCAAG